UCUCGCGUUUUCUCUCUUACUGGGUUUCUUUCAUGACCUCUUGCAUUUGUUGCUUGAGAUAGGUGUUAAAAUUUUGGUGAUUGAUACUGAAUUUCUUGUUUUGGGUUGUGUUUUUGGGGUUGAAAUUUCGAGGGGUUGGCUCCUGUUCUGCAAAUUUUGAGUGGCUAAUGAAGUUAUUUUUUUCCUGGGAAAAUUUGUGGUUUACGGCAAAUUGCCACUUGAACUGGUUACUUAAGUGUCCGAAAUUCUGGCACUUGAUGGGAUGCGACUUUUUCCGCGCUGACCCAUCUCUUUGGCUGCUGGGAAAAUGAGUGGAAAUUUGGUCUUUCUGGGCAGAGAAAAAGGCGGAAACUUCUUGUGCUGCAAGAUAUUGAAAGACCAAAACUUUUUCCGUGAGAAAUGAUGAUUUUCUCGGCAACCAAACAAUACCUUUUUAUGGUUGAAAUAAUGAGGGGCUGCCUUUCUCUCUUUACUAGCUGGACUUGAACUAUAAAAGGAGGGGAAUCUUAUACGAUUGACAAUGAACUUUCGUGUUUUCCGGAACAUAGAUUCCGUGUUCUUCAAGAACUUUUUUUCACUUUUUGUUUGAUUCUUUUGCUCGGAAAUGGAUUUUGUCCGUUCAUGCCCCUUUUUGGACAAAGGAGAUUGUCCCAAAUGAUCUGUUUUCUCUGCAUAACCGAGAAAAUACACUCUCCCUGUCCUCUGACCAUGUUUUGUUUCUGGUUUUGAUUGAGGUCUGAGUGACUUGAUUCAGGCAUCAAACAUAUACGAGUAUGAUCUUGAUCUUGGAGGUGAAGGUGACCUGUUCAAAGCCCCUGAACCGAUCAUGGAAGAACCGAUCUCAGCCGUUGAUCCGUUGUACGAAGCCUUGAUGAUGAUCUCUUGCGAUGAAGGCAACAUUGUAACCUCACAGCAAGGGCUCGGACUUUCCGAUUUGGAUUCGUUUCUGAGCGAGCAACAGCUUCUGGACAAGGCUUUAUACGAAUGUGAACAUGAACUUAUGAUGGAAUCUUCCAUCAAGUCCCCACUCUCCGAGGUUUUCGACAUCAAGAACAUCACUGUGGUGGCCAAAAUCGACGGCGAAUUAACCGAGGUUUUGGACAGUGAAGCGGCAACUGAUGCACCGAUUCAGAAGAGCGCGAGUUCAGGCAAUCUGAACUAUACGGACAUGGCACAGCACGAGGCUUUGAUGAUUCAGAACUUUCCGGAAUUCCCUCAGUUGGAUCUCGGAGCCGUUUAUGGGAUGAGAAGAGCAUUCAGCGAAGGAGACAUACAGGACAGACGCUUGGAACUCAAAACAUGGGUCUUGUCCAAUCUCCCCUUGACCGAAUCAUCGUCAGCUGCAUCUCCGAAGACCGUCGGGAGAAGCUUUCGAGAUACAGGAACAAGAAGAGGAGGAGGAAUUUCGGACCCAAAAUCAAGUACGCUUGCAGAAAGGCUCUUGCAGACAAUCAACCAAGGAUCCGAGGGCGGUUUGCGAAAACCUUGGAGAGGCGUUAGAUCUUCAAGAAGGAAGACGGAAAGUAGUUUUGAUCGAACCAGACAGAACAGAGCAAGAACAAGAACAAGAAGCAGUUGGAAGGGCAAAGUAUAUAUAAUAACCCUAUGUUGGUAGAAUCCAUCUUCGUUUUGUUGUAGAUAUGGUUUUGCUUGAAUAAGAGAAUAAUAGGAAGGAGGAAAGCUCUAGUCACUGAUGCAAUGGCGGCUAAACCCCUUAGGCUUCAUCUCUCUCUAUAUAUAUGUAUAUACGUAUGUAUGUAUGUAUGUAUGUAUGUGUAUAAACUUUCAUCUUCAAUAUAAAAAGGCUGUAGGA